AUGGGUAAACAAGAGAUCCGUUAUGCCGCAAAAGUCUCCCUGGAUAAGCCUGCUGCUGAGCAAGCCUGCCUUCACAACCGGUGGCACCCCGACGUCCCUUUUACUGGCACUAUCAAAAACGGAGAAGUCGUGAAGAUCGAGUGCGUCGACUGGACGGGAGGGCAAAUUGGCAACAAUGAUUCCGCAGACGAUGUUCGAGACGUGGAUCUCACAAAAGUCCACUACCUCACGGGUCCAUUCGAAAUCGAGACUGCAGAGCCGGGCGAUGUCCUCCUUGUUGAGAUUCAGGAUGUUCAACCGUUUCAGGAUCAGCCAUGGGGGUUUACUGGCGUGUUCGCGAAGGAAAACGGAGGAGGCUUCUUGGAUGAGAUCUACCCUAAGCCGGCAAAAGCAAUCUGGGACUUUGAAGGGAUCUUCUGCUCCUCACGGCAUAUCCCCGGUGUUCGGUUUGCUGGACUCAUUCACCCUGGUAUCCUCGGGUGUGCGCCAUCCCCUGAGGUUCUCGCCACGUGGAACAAGCGUGAGGCCGAACUUAUUGAUGCAUGCUCACAUAUGUCACGCGAUGUAGCUCUCCCACCGUUAACUAAAAGCGUCCACGCCGGAAGCGCUUCGGAAGAACUCAAAGCGAAGAUAGGGAAAGAGGGCGCAAGGACUAUUCCAGGGAGGCCUGAGCAUGGAGGCAACUGUGAUAUUAAGAAUCUUUCAAGAGGAAGCAAGGUCUAUCUUCCGGUACAUGUGAAUGGUGCUAAGUUUAGUGUUGGCGAUCUUCAUUUCUCGCAGGGCGAUGGAGAGAUUUCUUUCUGUGGCGCCAUUGAAAUGGCUGGCGUGAUCACCAUAAAGUUCACAGUCAUGAAGGGUGGAAUGGGUCAGCUGGGGAUGAAGUCGCCAAUCUAUAUACCAGGCCCCUGCGAGCCUCAAUUCGGACCUGGACGAUAUAUCUACUUUGAAGGAUUCUCGGUCGAUGAGCACGGCAAGCAACAUUAUAUGGAUGCAACCGUCGCAUAUCGUCAGACAAGCUUGCGCGUGAUUGAGUACCUUCGGAGAUAUGGAUAUGAUGACUACCAGAUCUACCUGCUGCUCUCCUGUGCGCCGGUUCAAGGUCACGUGGCGGGCAUCGUGGACAUACCGAAUGCUUGUACAACAAUGGGUCUUCCGAUGGAUAUAUUUGAUUUUGAUAUUGCGCCGCAUGUUCCUGCAAAGAAGAUGGAUUUGGGGUCUUGCGCAUACGCGAGCAGUUGA